AUGAGGCAGGAGAAGGAGGCCGGGGCUGCCAAGAUGGCGACGGAGCGAAGUCGCUCCCCGAUGGGGGGCUCGCCGGUGCCGGCCUCUAUGUUCGCCCCGGAGCCCGCAUCUCACGGCGGGGCAGUGGCGGCCUCUUCCAGGUUCCACCGGGGCGUUGCGGACUCGGACUGCAGCGAGGACGGCGAGGUGCUCAAUGGGGAGCCCGAGCUCGACCUCACCAGCAAGCUAGUAAUGGUGAGCCCAACAUCAGAGCAGUAUGACAGCUUGCUGCGGCAGAUGUGGGAGAGGAUGGAUGAAGGAUGCGGGGAGACCAUCUAUGUCAUUGGACAAGGAUCAGAUGGGACUGAGUACGGGCUCAGUGAUGCAGAUAUGGAAGCAUCCUAUGCCACUGUGAAGAGCAUGGCCGAGCAAAUAGAUGCAGAUGUGAUCCUCUUACGGGAGCACCAAGAGGCAGGAGGCAAAGUGCGUGACUACCUGGUGCGGAAGCGGGUGGGUGACAACGAUUUCCUGGAGGUCAGGGUAGCCGUGGUUGGCAAUGUGGACGCAGGGAAGAGCACGCUGCUGGGUGUCCUCACCCAUGGUGAGCUGGACAAUGGACGUGGCUUUGCCCGGCAAAAGCUUUUCCGCCACAAGCACGAGAUCGAAUCGGGCCGUACUAGCAGCGUGGGCAAUGACAUAUUGGGCUUUGACAGUGAGGGCAAUGUAGUGAACAAGCCUGAUAGCCACGGUGGAAGUCUGGAGUGGACUAAGAUUUGUGAGAAGUCAACAAAGGUCAUAACCUUCAUUGACCUGGCUGGGCACGAGAAGUACCUGAAGACUACAGUCUUUGGCAUGACUGGGCACCUACCUGACUUCUGCAUGCUAAUGGUUGGCAGCAAUGCAGGAAUUGUUGGGAUGACCAAGGAGCACCUGGGCCUUGCAUUAGCACUCAACGUCCCAGUCUUUGUGGUGGUGACCAAGAUUGACAUGUGUCCUGCCAACAUUCUCCAAGAAACCCUGAAGCUGUUGCAACGACUUCUGAAGUCCCCAGGAUGCAGAAAGAUCCCUGUCCUGGUCCAGAGCAAAGAUGAUGUCAUCGUUACUGCCUCCAACUUCAGCUCAGAAAGGAUGUGCCCAAUAUUCCAGAUUUCCAAUGUCACCGGUGAGAACCUGGAAUUGCUUAAGAUGUUUCUCAAUCUCCUGUCUCCAAGGACCAGUUACAGGGAAGAGGAGCCUGCAGAAUUCCAGAUAGAUGACACGUACUCUGUUCCAGGUGUAGGGACAGUGGUGUCUGGGACAACACUUAGAGGCCUGAUCAAGUUAAAUGACACCUUGCUGCUCGGCCCAGACCCUCUGGGUAACUUCUUGCCCAUUGCUGUGAAGUCCAUCCACCGCAAGCGCAUGCCCGUCAAAGAGGUUCGAGGAGGACAGACUGCUUCCUUUGCUCUGAAGAAGAUCAAGCGCUCCUCUAUCCGGAAAGGCAUGGUGAUGGUGUCUCCCCGAUUAAAUCCUCAAGCGUCUUGGGAAUUUGAAGCUGAGAUUCUGGUUCUGCAUCAUCCUACCACCAUCAGUCCACGUUAUCAGGCGAUGGUGCAUUGUGGCAGCAUUCGCCAGACAGCCACUAUCCUCAGUAUGGACAAAGACUGUCUACGCACAGGAGACAAGGCGACCGUGCACUUCCGCUUCAUCAAGACCCCGGAGUACCUGCACAUAGACCAGCGGCUGGUUUUCCGUGAAGGGCGUACCAAAGCUGUGGGUACCAUCACCAAGUUACUCCAGACCACAAAUAACUCUCCAAUGAACUCCAAGCCUCAGCAGAUCAAGAUGCAGUCUACAAAAAAGGGGCCCCUGACCAAGCGAGAGGAAGGGGGAGCCCAGGCUGGCAUGGCUACGGCGAGUCCCACAGUGGCAGAUGAUGCAGUUUCGCUGGGAGCAGCCCCCUCAGCACCUUCGAGUGCCCAACAGCCUCAGGUGAAGACUGGAGGAGGUGGCCGCCGACGUGGAGGGCAGCGCCAUAAAGUGAAGUCUCAAGGGGCUAUUGUGACUCCUGCUGGUGGCUGCUGAACAUCAUUUUUUAAUCACUGCGGAAUUCACACCCUCCCCUUCUUCAACCCCAAAACCCGGAGCAGCCUAACCAAAAUCCAUCCCAGCUGAUCUACUGUGGAACUUCUCCUCCUCCUCCUCCCCUCCUGGAGAGGAGCCACCGGGGGGGAUGGAUGCAGGGUUUACAGUUUAAGCUAAUGAAGGUGACAAAAGCACACAUGGGACUGACCAGCUGCCGCCUUCUCCCUUUUUAACCCCCCCCCAAACAUUUUGUACAUCGUGAGCUCUUAGUCAUGAUUUUUUAUUAGUUUUUAUUAUGGUGGAUGUUUGUGUGUGGUAUGCGUGCGGAUGAAGAAUCGGGAGGAUCCAGGUAUAUAGAGUAAGGUAACUGCCUCCUCUUCUCUUCCCCACCCUGUCAUAUAUAUAUUUUUGAAACUGACCCUGUGUCCGUGGUCUGCAAUCAAGAAUUCCUGAAACCCCAUUCAUACAAGUAUGAAUAUGCUAGUUGGUUCGGAAGAGGUAGGAAUUUCCCCCCUUUCACACCAGUCGAACUGCGUGAGCCCUGGGCGGCCUCCUUUAGUUUAAUGUACCAAUGCCUGCAAUUGGUAAUCAACAUGAAGGAACACACACACACACACACACACAACCAGCAGCAUCCCAAAAGCUGGAUUGAUAUGAGAUCCUAGAUCUCAUAAUUAUGCACUUGUAAGCUUGCUUUAAAAGCAUGACUUGUGGGAGGAGGUGGAGCAGGCCACAAAAGCACUGGUGGCUUUGGAAUUGUUGGUGGAAGGUCAACAAAUUGUUUUCAAACAAUCCUUUUUGGGCCUUGUGUUCAAAACGUACUAUUUUUCUUGCAGUCAGUCAUGGGUGCCUGCAUAUUCUGAAUCCUGCCGUAUUUGGUUUUCUAACCAGCUACGUCAGAUUGGGGAAGAAGAGACCAGGGCCGUCUUGAGCAGAUUGCACGCCCUGGUGCUGAGGGGCGGAGAUCGCUCCGCUGCCCGCCCCGCCCUCGCAGGGCGCAAUUGGUUUCCGCGCGGCGCCCUCCUUGCCAGGCCGGCGCCCAGCUUGCCAGGCCGGCGCCCAGCUUACCAGCCCCGCGCCAUGGCGCACUGCGCCACCGGGGGUCUACGAAGAGCCGGCCCUGGAAGAGACAUUGGAAGUUGGCUUCUUGUGACUCACCCAUUGCUUCCCCAUGGUAUCCAAGUGUAUCUUUAAAGGCAGUGUUUCCUUCCCCUCCUUGAGAACUGACACUCAGUGGGCAACUUCUCCCUGCAUGUUUGUGUAAUGCAAGAAUUCAUUUCUCCUCAUUAGGGAAAUGGGUGUAAGUGGGCAUGGGCCUCUUAAGUGUCUACAAGCCAGCUUGUACCCCUCAUUUCAGCCUCCUCAGAAUCAUAACUGCCAUGGAUUUGGACAUGCUCUCUGUGUAAAAGCAGGAAGAGGUUUACUGGAGCCAGCUCUGAGCUGUACUUUUAGAUUUGGUCACAUGUUCAGGAUUUUAUAACUUUGAUACACAUUUGCUGCUUCUUUUUGAGGCACUUAUUCUGAAUAGACUUUUAACUGGCAUCAUGUUUUUGUUUAAAAACAAAAACCAGGUUUGUAGUUCACUGGUUUGUAGCUUUUAAAGUCUCUCCCCAAGUGUCUCAUAUUGCUGUCUCCAACAUCAUCCUAAUGUUUUUGAAUGGCUGGAGUUUCCCGGAAGCUAAGAGUGAAGACUGAUGAGUAGGUAGGCAUGGAUUAUGGCUACUUUCUUGCCUGAAACUCUGUAGGCAGCAUCUUAAGCAGUGACAGUAUUAAUAGCACCCUUGGGGAGAGAAUGGAGCGUGCUGUGGCUAAAGGAACAUGGCAGCCUGUAUCACUUGGUGCCUUGGGCGCCCAGUAGCGACAUCAGCCUCAUGGCCUUUUAUUUCCAAGGGAAGUGGGGACCUUGGUGUGGUGUCCUUUUUAUUUUGUCUUCUCCUUUCAUUCCUUAGUUCUGAAAGAGGAAUGUGCAGUGCUGAAGUUUUCAUUAAAAAAAAAAAGCCACAUGGUGCUGUGUUCUGUUUUGUGACCAGCAUUUAAAGACUACUGAGGCUGGCAUGAUGUAAUAAUAACAAUAAUAAUAAU